AUGUCAAACGGCAUCUACGACGACGGGUUCAAUUUCACCGCCAUCGGUUCCGUCGUCAGCGAGGUGGCGACCGCCAACAUCACCGGUGCCACCGAUAUAUUCCCACACAUCGUCCGCGCUGUCUUCCCCACUGUCACGCUUGGCACCAUUGUCCAGUCGCCCAGCCCCCUGAGCGUUGCCAAUUUCGGCGCGACCCUGGACACACAAAACGUCACGUUCACGAUCCCAGUCACGUUCGCGGACUUGGGCACCAACCCCAUGAACGCAACAGUGCCCACCAUCACCCCUGCCCUCUCUGGCUGCAACGCAUCUGACGCCAACUUUACGGACCUCACAGCCGACUAUACCGCCAGCGUCAUCUAUACCUGCUUCUACGCCAAUCGCAGCCAAAUCCCGGCUGUCCCAAUCACCUUUACCACAUACUCCAACACUAGCGCAUUCAGCUCCACCUGCAACACCACGAUCAGCACGGGCGCCGCCCUCAAGGCAGUUGUGGACCUUACCUCCAGCAUCAGUGGUGCGCAGCAGUGCAACGCCGGCGACCUGUCCAGGCCUGCAACAUACAAGGUGACGCUUGUCGUUGCUGGCGCCAGGAAUGGCAUUGUGGUGCCCACCAACUGCACGCUGGUGUCCACCACCUGGGUCAAGGCUGCGGACAAGAUUGGGACCCUCAUAUACACCUGCACGGCCUACAACAACCUCACAUCGUCCUUCCCCUUUGUUGUCAUGGGGGAUGUCUCCAACAUCACAAGCACAUACGUUGCCACGGUGCCGGUUGCGGCCGUGCAGCCCGCUGUGUCGAUAGACUCUGUGACUCAGGGGCUGCUGCUGCCUGUUAGCAAGGCCACGUACGUGCAGUACCAGGCCACGGUGACCUUCACCAGCGUCCCUGCCGCAAACAAGAUCUUUAUGCCCAGCCUCUGCAACAUCACCGAGAACACCACGGCGCUCACCUACCCCUUCACCGGCGCGCUGCACUUCACGUGCGCCUACCCGGUCAACGUGGUAACGCAAAACGCCUACAUCGACUCGGCCUACUUCACAUUUGAGGCCCAGACUGCGGCCUCUGGCUGCUCUGCCAAGGCCUACCGGAACCUGUCGGUGGUGUAUGAGCCCGAGGUUGGCGUGAGCCUUGGCUCCAUCACCCAGGGCUGCGCCUCUAGCAACGGUGCUGUCACCUACAAGGUCCCUGUGACAUACCGGGGCUCAAAGAGGGCGCCUACCGUGCUUCCCUCCAGCUGCGUCCAGAUCUCCGCUGGCGGCCUCAACGCCAACGGGGACGGCAGCAUCACGUACCAGUGCAGCUUUGCCAACGCCACCACCGCCAACCAGACUGCUGUCAACAUCACCGCCAACGGCCUUAUCAGCAGUGAGAUGAACAACACGUGGCAGAUGAUCCCAACGGCGGUUGUCGCAACCGCGCCCUCAGCAACCAUCACUGUGGCUCCCAACCAGACCACAUUGCUUGCAUACGGCGACGUUGCGAGCCCCAUCAACUACACGGUCUCUGUUGCUUUUGAGGGCGCUGUGGGCACUGGUGGCGUCAGCCGCAUCUCUCAGCCUGCCCGCUGCUCGGCCGUCGGCAACGGGACCGACGCACUGUCGGCUGGCUCUGGCACCGUGAACUUCGUGUGCGCUUUCAACAGCACCCCGGACGCCGUCGCCGCCUCCCCCCUCAAGUUCCGUGCCAACACCGCGGCUGCUGACUGCUACGCCGAGGACGCUGAGGCGCUGGUCGUGGCCACUGAGCCGAUUGUGGCGGUGUGGGCGCUGGAGAACAACCAAUCCUGCCUCACCAACCUCAGCAACCCUGUUGAAUACGACCUGGGCAUCCUGUUCAAUGGCGCCAAGGUCAACUACACCUACCCCUCGGACCUGUGCAAGGAGGUGACCAAGCCCGUGAGGGACGUCAACGGCACCGGCGUCGGCGUCUACAGCUGCAGCUUCAAGAACUCCACCAGCGUGGUGACGCCCCUCACCUUCUCAGCCACCGGCCUGCUGGGUGUCAACCGUUCUGCCAAUGUUGACCUGACAUCUGCCGUCAAGGCUGCCCAGCCCAGCGUCAAACUGGGUGACGUGUCACAGGACCUGCUCCAGGACAACUCCUCUCAGGCGGUUUUCACGGUCACCGUUGAGUUUGGUGGGGCCGAUUUCUACGAGUCCCCUUACAACUGCAGCCCGCCCGGCUACGUUGCUCCCUUCACCGGCAAGGAGGGGCUCGUCAAUGGCAGCGGCAAGGUCACCUUUGUCUGCGCCUACGCCAACGCCUGUGCUUCGCCCACCUGGCUCACCUUCACCUCGCGCACCGCUGCUCGGGGCUGUUUUGCCUCGGCCAGUGUCAACAUCAGCGCCAAGGUGGCGGCGGCUGACUCCGUGGUCCCUUACACAUACUCGAUGCAUUUUGAGGGCAUGAGCUAUGCCCAGCUCAUCGCAGACCCGGCCAAGACCGCCAAGUUCAAGCUUGACGUCCGCACCCGAGUCAGCCGUGCUGUGGACCUGCCCCUUGGCAAUGUUGAGGUGACCAACUUGACCCAGGGCUCAGUCAUCGCUGAGGUGGUGCUGCACACCCCAGCCACCUGGUCCCCCGAGCAGGUCAACACCGCCGCCAACACCCUGGCUGACCCGGCCUCCCUGGCGACCGUGUUUGACCCCACCUUCCUGGACACGUAUGACAUCACCUCCAUCUCCGUUCAGGUGGUGAGCGCCCUGCCCCCUGUGAGCAAGGGCCUCAGCGACACUGCCAAGAUUGGCAUCGGUGUGGGCGCCGGUGUGGGCGGCGCAGCGCUUAUUGGCGGCAUUGCGGGCGUGGCCAUCGCUCGCAAGCGGCGCAUGAGCGUGGAGCCCCGUGACCGGCUCAACGUCUGA